UGACAACACUGUAAGUACAAAAAUCGCGAAAUCACAAGUUUUGCUGAAAUGUAUACAUGACAGAACUGAAUUUUCUUAUUAUUUAAAUAAAUUUAAUAAUCAAGAAAAAUGUUUAUUGUUGGAUUAACAGGUGGUAUUGCCACUGGAAAAAGUACUGUUGCUGCAAUAAUGCGUGAACAUGGAAUACCUGUCAUUGAUGCUGAUAUUGUUGCAAGAAAAGUCGUUGAACCAGGAAAGCCAGCGUGGCACAAUAUAAGAAAAGAAUUUGGAUCGGAUGUAUUUUUGGAGAAUGGAGAACUUGAUCGUGUCAAAUUGGGCGAUUUAAUAUUCAAUGAUGUUGAGAAGAGAAAAAAAUUAAAUACCAUAACGCAUCCUCAUAUUUAUAGAGAAAUGGGUUGGCAAGCAUUUAAAUGUUUUCUCAAAGGUCAUCCAUUUAUUGUUAUGGAUUUACCAUUACUUUUUGAAACUGGACAUAUGCUUGGAUAUUUAUAUAAAGUUAUUGUCGUUACAUGUGAGGAAGAUCUUCAGCUUCAACGAUUAAUGGAGCGUUCAGGUUUCACAGAAGCUAAAGCAAAAUUACGAAUAGGCGCACAAAUGUCGCUUGAAAAAAAAGCGGAUAUGGCAAAUUUUGUUAUUGAAAAUUCAAGCAGCGAUCGUGAUACACGCGAACAAACAAUAAAAGUCAUCAAUGUUUUAAGAAAUUAUAAACAACAUUGGAAAAUACGAAUUUUAGUUGGAUUUUGUUGUACUGUAUUAUUGGCUGGUGUUUAUUGGCUGAGGAACAAAUCCUUAAAGUCAAUACCUGCAGUUGCAUAAAAAAAAGGGUGAUACAAAAAAAAAAAAAUAUAUUAAAAUAAUUGUCCCAAAACGUGACAAUUUAAGUCAUCAUCGAAUAAUUAAUUUUUCAGUUGAAAACUUUAAAUAUAAAUGAACUUUGUUGUUAAUAUUGUAAAAUUCCAUUUUUUACUCACAAAAUAGUUAUUAAUUUAAGAAUUUAGAUCUGAUUUUUUUAAUUAAACUUUCUUUACUUUAUGAUCAUUUUUUUUUUUAUUUAAAAAGAUUUCCAAACUUUGUAUAAAAAUUUACUUAAGCACAAAAAUUCGAUAGCUCAAACUUGUUAAUUUUGCGUAUUUGAAAGACAAGAUUAUUUUUUGUUUACUUGUUACUUUGUAUUUCGAAGAAUAGAAAUAAAAUGUACUCGAAAGAGGUUUUCUAUUUAA